AUGGCCGAGGAACACCAGAUCGAGCCCAGCCAGCAUCAGUUCCGCGUCUUGCUGCUGGGGGACUCGAACGUGGGCAAGUCUUCGCUGCUGCGUCGCUACGUGGAGGGAGACUUCUGGACUGACUCGCCUCACAGCUCUACAGUGGGUGUCGAGUUCUACAGCCGGGUGCUGGAGAUGACCUCGGGUCCGAGCGUCAAGCUGCAGUUCUGGGACACAGCAGGCGACGAACGCUACAGGAGCAUAACUAGGUCCUUCUACCGGAAUAUGGUGGGUGUCCUGCUGGUCUUCGAUGUGACCAACAGGAAGUCCUUUGACCAUGUAGCAGACUGGUACCAGGAGGUGGCAUCCGUGCAGGGUCUGAACAAGGUGGUCUUCCUUUUGGUUGGCCACAAGAGUGACCUGCAGCAGGCUCGUCAGGUGUCGACCCAGGAAGCAGAAAACUUAGCGGCGGUUAUGGGCAUGUCUUUCCUGGAGACCUCAGCCAAGACCAACAGCAAUGUGACUCUGGCCUUCGAAACCCUCGCCCAGAACAUUCAGCAGGGCAUUCAGAAUGGGGAGAUCAAAGUGGAUGGAGCCGGGGGGAGAGUCAGAGUCAUUCGAAGGGCCCAGCCUCCCUCAGACCAGAGGAGAAAAGAGCCAUCUAGGCGAUGCCAAUGUUAACGCGAGGAGCUGGGUCAAGAUGGACGGAAUGGACAUGAAGGACCAAACUGGAGCUGGUUGGUCCCAUCCCUGGGACCCAAAGAAACUCA